GCUGCUAGCCCUGCAGUUUAGUUUCAUGUGUCUCUGCUUCAGAACUGAACAACACACCAAGCAGGGCUGGCCUACUGUGGACUGCUGUCAAAAAUCCAGGCUCCCUCUAUUUGUGGCCCCACCUCUUCCGCUCUCCUUUUUUUCUCCUUUCUUUCGUUUCCCAUCCCCCUUUCCCCUUUUGCUCCCUCCAUCCCAGUCCCCUGAUUUCCCUUCCCUCCUCACUUUCUCCAUUCCUUCUUCUAUUUCACACCUAUUGCCACUGUGAUCCUCGAUUCCUUCCUGUCCUCCACCUGACUUCCCUCUGCUUUGCCCUCCCACCCGCAUCUUACGGUCCUACUCUCCCACCUUAACCGCCUAACAGAGGUGGCCAUGUGGGCCAACUACAUCAUGCAGCAGGAGGAGGACGGCCGGAUGGGCGUGGCCGCGGGCGGAGCCUCGGGGGCCGGCGGCGUGCGGAGCGGCGGCGGCGGCGGCAAGCGGCGGCCGUCCACCAACAUCAGCGACAGCCUGGAGGGCAAGAUCAAGCUGGCGUUCUUCGUGGCGGCGGUGGGCGUGACGCUGACCGUGCUGGGCAUGGGCACCGAGUUCUGGGUGGAGCUGGCGCAGCCUAAGCACCUGGGCAACAACCACACCUGCGAGAUGGCGCACUAUGGCCUGUGGAAGGGCUGCGUACGCACCCUCUGGGUGUCGGAUGUGGACCCGGAGAGGGAGUCUUGCGGCCCGUCUGAGCUGCCCGGAGAGUCAAACUGCACAUACUUUAAGUUCUACACCUCUGGAGAAAAUGCCGUCAUUUUCCACAAGACGACGGAUAAGAGUCUGAGUGUGGCCUCGGGCAUGCUAGCCCUCAUCAGCCUCAGCCUGAUGGUCAUGGGAGCCAUCUGCAUCAUCAUGGCCCUCAGCAAAGGUGUCAUCUUCUUCCUCAAGCCUGCCUCCUUCUGCUUCAUCGUCUCAGGCUUUAUGGUCUUCCUCACCAUCAUCAUCUUCCACCAGUCGGUGCUGGCACUGCUGGCCAGCGAUCACACCAUCCCCCUGCACCAUGAACUGGCCUGGUCCAUUAACUGUGUGGGCUGUGCGGCGGCCAUUGUUAUCGUGGCUGGGAUCAUCUUCCUCUUGCUGGCUCUUCCAUACAACCCCUUGGAGAAAUGCCUGCCACACCACAGUAGUAGCGACACCUAACUGUUUGGAGGACCAACUGCAAGAUGCUUGGGGAUUAAGAAUAAUCUUCAAGGAGUUUUAGGAUUUGGAUGUCAAAAAAUGUUUUUUUUUACAGUAUGAUUUUGUAGGACUUGGAUAUUAUUAAUUAUGUUUACUAAAUACAUCUUUUUUAAAAACCUUCAUCAGCAUACUUGGAAAGUUUAGCCAUCUGAGUGCAUAACAUAUCACUGUAGACAGGAGUGUGCUCUGUGACUGACAGUGAGCUCCACUACCAUCACCUGUCGACUCGGUGGCCAGCUUACAGUAGCAACUUGGGAAACGCUUGACCUCAAUGACUACAGGACAUACUGUAUACACGGAGAAUCCUGAGACUGUGUGGAUCUCGGGGUGCACACACACACAUACAUACACAUGUACACACAUACACGCUUGCACACAAAACCUGCACACUCAAAAGCACACUUACGUGCACAUGCACGCAUGCACACACACAAACACACAGACGCACAGACGCACACACACACACACACACACACACACACACACACACACACACACACACACACACACACACACACACACACACACACACACACACACACACACACACACACACACACACACACACACACACACACACACACACACACAAUGGCAGACACACUCAUGGACAGACAGCUGCUGGAGCACAACCAUUUUGGUCUGCACGGCCCUGUGUGUUGAAGCAAUGAGCCAGAAACACUUGGACACGACCAGCUGAAGCUGCUCUCUCUCUCUCCCUGGGACUGCCUGUCCCUGUUCUCCUCUCCUCUCCUCUCCUCUCCUCUCCUCUCCUCUCCUCUC